AUGUGCGGCAAUAUCGUGUCUGUUCUGCUACCUGUCAUUGUGCCUGCUGCCCAGAAGGCCACUGCUGUGGUGAUUUUCCUUCAUGGAUUGGGGGAUACUGGGCAUGGAUGGGCAGAAGCCUUUGGCGGUAUCAGAAGCUCACAUAUGAAAUAUAUCUGCCUGCAGGCGCCAGUUAUGCCUGUGACAUUGAAUAUGAACAUGGCUGUGCUUUCUUGGUUUGUUAUUAUUGGGCUGUCACCAAGGUCACAGGAAGAUGAACCUGGAAUUAAACAUAUAGCAGAAAGUAUAAAGGCUUUGAUAGAUCAGGAGGUGAAGAAUGGCAUUCCUUCUAACAGAAUUAUUUUGGGAGGAUUUUCCCCGGGUGGAGCUUUAUCUUUCUACGCUGCUCUCACCACCCAGCAGAAGCUGGCAGGUGUCACUGCACUCAGUUGCUUGCUUCCACUUCGGGCUUCAUUUCAGGGUCCUAUCAGUGGCGCUAACACAGAUAUUUCUAGUCUUCAGUGUCAUGAAGAUUGCGACCCUCUGGUUCCCCUGAGGUUUGGUUCUCUUACUGCUGAAAAACUAAAAACAUUGGUAAAUCCAGCCAAUGUAACCUUUAAGACCUAUGAAGGCAUGAUGCGCAGUUUGUGUCAGCAGGAAAUGAUGGAUGUCAGGCAAUUCACUGAUCAACUUCUACCUCCAAUUGAUUGA